GGCCAAUAAAGUUCAGAAUAAUCCUAGUUGAAUUGGAUUGGAGAAAAUGUCAAUUCUGGAGUGGAUCUCCUUGCUGACAGUUUUGCUAAUAUGGAGCAAAGGAGACAUUGCAAGUGGCUCUAUAGAUCCAACCGUAGGCUCCAAGAUACAGGAAUUCCUACCAGUGAUUGAACGUGUAGAAGCCGAACUUGAUAUUCUUGGGAAUAUAUUUUAUGAAAAAAUAAUCAAACCGAAGUAUCCUAAGAAAACUUCCAAGGCCGCCUUGGAAGCACAAAUGGGUUUUGUGAUGCCACUUUUACAAUAUAUCAAGAAAAAGGGAACAGCGUUUUCGCAAUUUGCUGGCGACCAAACCACACGGGACACAUUUACCGGCGUGUCAACAAUUGCAAAUGAGACACUUGGCGAGCUUUUGCGUUUGAGAAACAGUAAAACUAAAAAGAAGGAAAUUGCAGUCGUUACGGAGAUCCUUAAAUCUGCAAUAGAGUUGUUUACGUGGUACACCACACAUAAUGAAACAGGAACGGUGAAACCAGAAGAAGAUCAGGGCAAAUUGAGCAAAGAACAAGUGCUUGAACAAAUUGAAGCAAUGGCAUACGUACUAGGAGAAGAUCUUAAGCGUAUUUCAAAGUUUACCAAAAAUAGAUGGAAUAAAAAGAUGACCACUUGGAAAAGGACCGUUGGUCCAAUGUUGACAUACAUAAAGAGCAAAUCAUACAGAAUAAUUCAAGUAAAGGACUUGGCAAACGACACGAGGCAAGGCUUCAAAUAUCUUAGAGAUAUAGCAGUUCAAACCGAAAACAUUCUACCAAAAUUGUCGAGCAAAAAUAAAAGAACAGCCCUGAAGAAAUUAGAUACCAUUGUGACUACAUUGGCAAACCGUUAUAAAGUGACAACGCCUCAGGUCGAAACAACCAAUGUGAGUGUUAG